CAGCGGGGGGAAAGGAGCGAGUGAGCUCAGCCGGGAGCCGCCCUGUAAGCCGACGGAGGGAGUGUUUGGCGGGGAAAGCGGUCCGAGCAAAGAGCCUCCCUCUUCCCGCGGUGGAGUUCGGCUCCGUCCCAGAUCAAAAAGACACUUAAGGGCAGAGGGAUCGUUUUGCAAGCCUCGCGGGGCCGGUUAUACAAUGGAAUCCCUGGAUAAAACAAUCAAUAGUUAUCUGGAUGUUUGGCUUGGACCAAGAGAUCCCAGAGUAAAAGGAUGGCUUCUCCUGACUAACUACACACCUACCUUCCUCUUCUCUGGCUUAUACUUAUUAAUUGUAUGGUUGGGACCAAAGUAUAUGCAGAAUAGACCACCAUUCUCAUGCAGGGGUAUUCUAGUGGUCUAUAACCUUGGACUUACAUUGCUGUCUCUCUAUAUGUUUUAUGAGCUGGUGACGGGAGUAUGGGAAGGAGGAUACAAUUUCUUCUGUCAGGAUACGCACAGUGGAGGUGAAGCUGAUCUGAAGAUCGUACGUGUCCUGUGGUGGUAUUACUUCUCAAAGCUCAUUGAAUUCAUGGAUACUUUCUUCUUUAUAUUACGAAAAAACAACCACCAGAUCACCGUUCUUCAUGUCUACCACCAUGCAACUAUGUUGAACAUCUGGUGGUUUGUUAUGAACUGGGUGCCUUGUGGCCAUUCCUAUUUUGGUGCCACCCUUAACAGCUUUAUUCAUGUCCUCAUGUAUUCCUACUAUGGAUUAUCCGCUGUUCCAUCCAUGCGUCCUUACCUCUGGUGGAAGAAGUAUAUCACUCAGGGACAGCUGAUUCAGUUUGUCCUUACAAUCUUCCAGACAAGCUGCGGGGCUGUUUGGCCUUGUAAAUUUCCUAUGGGGUGGUUAUACUUCCAGAUAGGCUACAUGAUCUCCUUAAUUAUCCUUUUCACAAAUUUCUAUAUUCAGACUUACAACAAAAAGGCAGCCUGCAGAAGGAAAGAGUAUCAGAAUGGCUCCACAGCUGCUGUGAACGGGUACACAAAUAGCUUUUCUUCUCUCGAGAACAAUAUGAAGCAAAGAAAACAAAGGAAGGAUUGAAGACCAAACUGAAAAACCAUUUUGAUAUUCCGGGCAACGAAAAAAAAUAAUCUGAUUGUAAGCACAAUAUGUGUUGUGCACUGAUAACUUUUGACAGCUACUGUAACUAUUCCUGCCUAGAAUAGUGUCGAUUUAUGUAGGACUUAACCAGUGCAAAACAUCCUAGAAACUAUCCAUAGGCUAAAGUUGAUGAUGUUGAUAAUACUGGGUGGUCACAGACCCAAGUGUAAACUGUGGAAGGGAGUAUUAUGGUAGAAAGAAUGAAUAUAUAUAUAUAUAUAUAUAUAUAUAUAUAUAUAUAUAUUAUAUGAAUGACACUGCUGUUGCCUUACUAGUCAAUAUGAUAGGUGCUGAUUUAUGAUUCACAAGUUCAAAACUGUAAUCCAAAUUCAUAUUUUUUAACUGUAGAUAAAUGCAUGUGAUUGUAACUUGUACAAUGGAUUUGUUUAGUUAUUUUGUUUUUCUGUCAUUUAAAACGCACAUGCCUUAAAUUAAAAUACAAGCAGGGCCCAAAACUUAAUUCUGGUUUGCAAAUUCAUGGAAAUAUUUCACUCUGGGAAAGACUUCUCACAAGACAGUUUAUACUCUGGUACAGAUACCCAAAUAUGAAACUGAAAUGUAUACCAUCCCUUAUUUGAAAAGAGCACAUGCACAUAAAUUGUGGGUUUACACCUUCAAAAUGUUGGUUAAGUGGCCAUCCUGAAAAGACAGGGCACUCUCAAAUGCUUCAUGUCCACCAUUUAUCACAGAUGCAGUGUGUGUUUGUGUACCCAGUAUUUGGGGAUCACAAGUAAACCACUCAUAGUUGUUUGGUUCCUUCCAUGAGUUUGUCGGGCGCAAUGUGUAUGACUCAUGUCUGCUGUGUGCCACAGGGAAAUUGGAAAUGGCAGCCAUGCCCAAGGCAAUUCUCCUACCUGUGACCUGUUCCUUUCUUGAUGGCACUUGUGGAGAAGAUGUCGGUCAGAUCAUGCUUGGCAUCUUUUCAGUUUCACAAGUCUGCAGCAGCUUCUCUCCCCCCCCCCAUUUGACUAAGUUUUCAUUUGCAUAAGUAAUGGAAAGAUCAUUGGCACCUAAGCAGUAUGUAGAAAUGGGUGCUUGACUCUCUAAGCAUUAGAGAAUGCAUAGGGUGUCCAGGGCAUGUGACACCCUUUUAAAUUGGCAUUCCCAGGUUGCCCUUUGUAAAACUACCAUGAAGGGGUCUCUCUUGCCUGUUCCUUUUGGCUGCCUUCCUCCUGAGGAAGGAACUGGGUAGAAGCCACAGCUGGUUCUCCUCCCACUUCAUUGGUAGUUUUAAAGCCACAGAGCCAAAUCUCCAGGUUGAAACCAGGCAAGCCAAGUUAAAUGUAUCUGUGACUUAACUGCAAAGCAGUUUUCUGGAAAUUGCAGAAGUUGUGAUGCCUCCACAUUCUCAAAACUGACCAUAUUGUUUGACCAAACUUUAAAAAGUGGAUUUCAGGGUAAUUGUAGUAUUUUACUUUUUAUACUUAAGUUGGCAUUUUGUUGUUGUUGCUAUUUGUAUAACAAACAUUGGGUUGGAUCCUAAGAACCACAAGUGGAAUUCUACUGGCAGAACAGGGCUUCCCCUUCCCGCUCCAGAUCACUGAAUCCCUGGAAACUGGUCAUGUCGAUACAGGAUCCUUGAAAAUGAACAAUGUGGGAUGUAGCUCUUACAACUGUUAGAGGAAAUUGAGAAAUUGAGGAUCUGCCCAAAUGCAAACACAAAUUCCUUCCACUCACACAAGUAGCCCUUGGAUUCAGCCCAUUGACUAUAAAACGUGCCUAAAGCAAAGGGGUUUUUGCACAGUGUGCAAAUCAGACCAUGCCAGAUUUUCAAUGUUAUGUGAAAAUCCCUUGGAAAUAUGUUGGUGAUGAGUGUCUGUUUCCUUAGUGUCUGUUUAUCUCACCUGCAUUUUCUUCACUUGUUAAUGGUUUAUUUAGAAAUGCUAGUUGAAAUUACUGUUUACUGUAA